CCUGUUUUUACUCCAUGGAACGAUGCCUUGCCAAAGAGUUGUCCGGCUAGUCCGGAAUUAAUGUGCGAUUCGAGCGUUUCUCUUGCUUGGAAUGGGGACGCUCGGUAAUCGCGCAGCGUCGAGAUCAGCUGCUCGCCCCGGGCCCAGUUUAGGACUCCUCAGGCUAGUCCAUUAGUCGGAGCAGCUUGCUUCCGCUUUGGCUGGAUGCCGCAGCUGUCGUGCGGCGGCUUUCGGGGCUGGGCUACGUCAUGAAACGACGGGGAGCGAUUGAGUAGGAGUUCCUCAUCAUAGGCGAGCGACCGUCGCGGCUGCGUGCUUCCCGGCGGCUCCCAGCCAUCGCAGGGAAGGCCACAUCAUGGCAACUGUCGGCGUUCUCCCCUCAUACUUCAAGUACAUCAGCGUGGCGCCCGGCGGAUCAGCACGUAGGACUCUGCGGGUGCGGGAGAAAUACAUUGUCGUGUUGGUGCUGGCCACCUUCCUGAUGGUGUGCAUCGGGGCCGUGUUUUACUUGCCUGAACUCCGCGCGUCAAACGCCUAUCGCCACAUCAAGAACGCCGGGCCGGACCUGCUGCUACCCCCUCCGCAAGCGAUCGAGGACAACGUUCCCCGUCACAACGGUAUCGCAGCCGACGAAGAAGACCCGCACCGGGCCGAGGACCGAAACAAGCUCCAGGAGAAGAUCAUUCAGGACCUCGGUCAGGGCCUACCUAUGCAGGUCGCCAGGCCCGAACCGGCCCGGCCUGCUUCGCCGUCUAAACGACCCUCGACUGUAGUAGCCCGGCCUUCGCCCGAGGAGAGCCAGGGUCUACCCGCCGUCGACGUUAAAGCGCCCCCGGUUUCGCACGUUCCCGACCCGAAGAGAGAGGCAGAGAACCGUGAGAGAAGAGAAAAAGUUCGAGAGAUGAUGAAGCAUGCAUGGGACAACUAUGAGCGCUAUGCGUGGGGUGAGAACGAGCUUCGGCCCGUGUCGAAGAAGGGUCACUCGGCGGGCAUCUUCGGCAAGACCGCCAUGGGAGCCACCAUCGUUGAUGGCAUGGACACCCUUUAUCUCAUGGGCAUGGCCGAAGAAUUCCAGCGUGCUCGAAAUUGGGUCGCAGAGAACCUCAGUCUCAAUGAUGUGAGUUCAGACAUCUCUGUCUUUGAGACCAACAUUCGCUUUAUUGGUGGCCUCCUCUCGUGCUACGCCUUGACUGGGGACGACAUGUUCAAGAACAAGGCGGAGGAAAUUGCCCGCCUGUUGCUUCCAGCCUUCAACACACCGAAAGGCAUACCUCACGCCCUCAUUAACAUCAAGACGGGCGUGAGCAAGAACUACGCUUGGGCCUCGAGUGGUGGCUCGAUCCUGGCCGAGCUGGGCACCAUGCAUCUGGAGUUCUCCUAUCUCAGCGACAUCACAGGCAACCCGGUCUUCCGCGAGAAAGUGGACAAGGUGCGGCAGGUGCUGGCCGAUCUGGACAAGCCCAAGGGCCUCUAUCCGAACUACAUCAACCCCAAGACGGGACGCUGGGGACAGCACCACAUGUCCAUGGGAGCCCUGGGUGACAGCUUCUACGAGUACCUCCUCAAGGCAUGGAUCCAGUCUGAUGGUGAAGAUGUGCAGGCCAAGCGACUACUCUUGGAUGCCGUCAAGGCCAUCGAGGCGAAGAUGCUGCUGCAGUCUAGGAGUGGGUUCCUCUACCUGGCCGAGAUCAAAUAUGAUCGAGUGGAGCCAAAGAUGGAUCAUCUGGCCUGCUUCGCAGGUGGCUUCUAUGGCCUUAUGUCCCAAACACUUGGGGAGGACCCAUCAGUAACCAAGGACCACUUUAUGGAUGUGGCAAAGAACAUCACCAACACAUGCCAUGAAUCCUACGACAGGACACCGACCAAGUUGGGCCCGGAGUCCUUCCGUUUCACAGAACAGCUGGAGGCCAAGGCCACCAAGCAGAACGAGAAGUAUUACAUUCUGCGUCCUGAAGUGAUUGAGUCUUACUUCUACCUCUGGCGGCUCACCAAGGAUCAGAAGUAUCGUGAUUGGGGCUGGGAAGCUGUUCAGGCUCUGGAGAAGCACUGUCGUGUGGACGGUGGCUACACCGGCCUGAAGAACGUCUACCAGAUAGAUGGUCCCAAGGACGACGUCCAGCAGAGCUUCUUCCUUGCGGAGACGCUCAAGUACCUCUACUUGCUCUUCUCUGACGAUUCGGUGCUCCCGCUGGACCAGUGGGUUUUGAACACCGAGGCUCAUCCGCUACCCAUCAAGAACCGGAACCCGUCUUACAGGCCGAGCAUCAGGUGAUUGGACGCGUCGACCACCCGUCGCUUCACGGUCGUUCCCUUGCGCUCCGGCAUCCAGCCUCCAAUCGGAGUGCACACGUCCACCACCGUCUGGGCCGGUCCAGCAACCAGGCAAGCAUCUAGUGAUCGAACCAUAGACUAGGACGAUGGGAACGAAAGUGGAGCCGACACGCCUCACCCUCUGCGCAAUAUUGAAGGACUAACCGCGGAUGGGUGAGUGAAAGGGAACAGGCUGAGCAGGAGAAGCGGUCGCGACUGGACAGUUCUUUCGUGGGGUGCACCCAAUCAACUCCGCGGCGAAUGCGGGUGUGUCCGCUUGGCACCCGGUUGCGAAGUGGUUGGAACGGCACCGUCGUCUUCUACUUGGGAGAGGUGCAAUGAACACUGGUUGUUGCUUCGGGGGACCUUUUUCUGUUUAUACAUUUUUUUUUCUUGAGCCUUUCUUUGACAGCGAUGUGUCUGACACAUGAACUCAUGUGCUCUCUUCAGCAUGUCGCUGCCUCACUGCCGUGGUGCUGCGACAUUCCUAGUGAUAUCUCUAGAGGUUCCCCCCUGUUUCCUUCCACGCUGUUAUUAUUUUUUUUUUUUCAAUUCAUAUUGUGACAUUCAGAGCUGUUUAGUUAAUAUAAUGCGAGACCAUAGAUUUUGUGCACAGGGUGAAAAGGUGUGAGUGUCGUUUUAUCCAUCUUUUCUUUCUUUAUUUGAAGACAAGCGUGAUGAGUCCGAUUUUUCUUUUGUUAACUAGUUUGUGCUUCAUUGCAGUUCCAAGCUCGGCAAUAAGAAAGUAUUUUAAAGAUUUGAGAGAGAGCCGGUGUUGCAGUCUCGCAGCUUUAGAUGUCAGGGGGUCGUUAUAGUGGCUUUCUUUUUUGUGCAAUAUAGCACAAGUUACGAGUGCUGUACAUAUACUUACAACCUGCUGGCCCAGGCUAUUGCUGCAACAACUCACAGCAAAUGAAAAUAAACAUCACGCGCACUCAGGAAUGCAGUGUUUGCCACUAAUCUCACGUGCUUGGCCCAUAUUUUUACUUCUUUUUGUCUCUUACGUUUGUAUUCGUUACAUUACCUGAUGUCAUUUUCACGCUGCAGCUCGCCAUAAACAGCAAAUCAAACGUUUACAUUUCUGUGCCCACUGAUUGCAGUAUUUUUUUCUCACUCACGCAUUUGUUGUUCCAGCAUCUCAAACCACGAUACGUAGUUCACCGAAUUUGUGUAGGCACCCGGGAUUUCAUUUUCUCGCACGCAACUUGAAUUUCGGAGGGGCUAGUGGAUGAGGUCUAUGCACAUUGGGUCAUUUUUUGUGAACUCUGUGUCCCCAAGUCAUCAGUGGGAUGGAGGUAAUGUUACUGAUCUUAGACAUUAGGUAGGCUUUCUACACAUAAUCAACGAAGCAUAUGUGCCAUCUAGUGUUGGGCUACAGCAAAGUGCAAAUUCCAAGACCUAAGGCAGUGGGGGCACUUGAAGCCUUGUGCCCAUCACUGAAGUGGCUUGAUCACAGUGGUUCCAUUACUGAAGUGGCUUGACCACUUCAGUGAUGGAACCACUUGAGCACUUUGAGAACGUUAUGUAGAAAGUAUUAGUUAUCUCUUUGCACCGCUUCUGCACAUUGCAAAACACUUGUCUACGUCUGUUCAGUCACGUGUGAUGGUGCAUUGUCGAUGUUGUUGUACUCUGAAAAAAAAAAAAAGUGAUGAACUUGGGAGCAGUUCUCUUUUGUACUCAUAGCGCUCUGUUGUCGAGAAUUACUCUUUCGAGACCUACUGGGCUGCAGAUUUGUUUGUUAUGGAGCUGAACUGUGUUCACGAAUUUUUUCUACAGAACUUUCUUAUCUGCGCUGUCUUUAAGUGUGCACUAAUGACUUCAGCACUCAAUUCACAAUGUUGCAGUGAUCUGUUGUGUACUCACCGAAUGCUGCAAUCGAUCCCGCUGUGAAUGCUUUGCACGAAGCAGCACUGUACUAGCCCUGGUUCACGAAACCAAGUGGCCUUGUGCCACUGACAUCACAUUCAGACGCUCACGAUAUGUCUUUGCAAGUGCAAACUUCAAUACUUUUUUCGAGUGUCUUACUGGGCACCACGAUUUCUAGAUAGAUCACGUGAAAUGCCCCUGGCGAUUUGCUCACUUAGCGCAUUGAUGACGCGUCACUGGUAGACAAAUAAUGCACUACUAGGUAGUUUGUAAGGAAUGGCAAUAGCUCACUGUUGUCACAGAAAAAUACUGUAAAGACUAGCAAUUGUUUCUCUGGGCAUAAAUGGCUAGAAUGUAACUUGUAGCCAGGCUGUAGUGUAUAAAGCUUUAUUCAUACUUCAGUAAAAAAAAAGGAAGUUUGUUCAAGAUGUUGCACCACACUGAGUAAAGAAACAGACAGAGAGAGGCAUCUAGUAUAGUGUAGCUAAGGGACAGAUUAUAACCUUGUGUAGAUAGAUCUGAAGGGCAUAGCACAUUUUAUCACUAUUGUGAUGUAACAAUUGUUUUUCAACAUGCUAGAGUUUGUUUGAUGAGCUUGGUUAUCAUUUUAUUAAAAUUUU